GCCGGUUUGCCCACGGUGCAUACAAAGUCCAAGUCAUUUCAAAAAGCAGGUGGCAGUCUCAGAUGUGCGAGUUUGCUGUUUGCGUCUAUUUCGCAGAAACCACCCGAAGCAGCAUGACGGUCCGGGCCGACUACGACGUGGUCGUGCGCGGCCAGCUCACGGCCGACAUUGAGGACGACCUCGCGCAGGUCGAGAUGCAGGCCGCGCAGAUCAAGACGCAGACCGCGACCUUUGUGCCCCACAAGUCGCCCACCUCCCAGUACAAGCUCGUCGCGCUCCUGCAGACGAGCAACCUCGUCCAGCGCCUCAUCUCGGGCAUCAUCCUCGGGUCCUCGGUCACCGUGUACCUCGUGCUAGGCCCGCGCUCGGCGCCUGUCUAUCUCUGCGCGUUCGUCGUCUCGAUCUGCAACUACGAGUUCGCGUGGCUCGCCGAGCGCAUUACGCACCGCUUCACGACGUCGUACCUCGACGACUGCCUCGGCGACGUGCACAGCGUAGGCAUGUGUGCGAUCCGCCCGUUCGACGGCGUCCGGCGCGCGGUCUCGCCGAUCGCAUGCGGCUACCCGCGCGUCGCUGCCGGGGUCCUCGCGACGCUCCUGGCCACCGGCGCAACGCUCUUCAUCUCGUACCUUGCCGUCGACGUCUUGUCGUACAAGGACAGCCACCUCGGCAAAGCGGACUACCUCGUCCUUGACCUCACGCUCUACGUCGCCCUCACAACGUGGCUCACCACGUUCAGCGCGCUCCUCACGCCGAGCUUCCACUGUAUGUUGAACCUCUUUGUCCAGCAGUUCGCGUACGGUCUCGUUACGAUCACACAGUACUUUUGCCUCAGCUACGACAACAAGUGCUACGUCAUGCUUGACACGAGCAAGGGCCGGUGGCUCGCGCUCCUCUUCAUCUUUGGCAACCGCCUCCCGCUCUUGACGCGCGUCUCGCCGGCCGCGGCGAUCGAGAGCUUCGUCCGCAUCCUUCUCGACGUCAUUGGCUUUGCCUACAUUGUACUGCUCAUGCAGCCGAUCGCCGACCUCCUCAUGCAGGUCGACGGCGCCGACCGCAUUGCGCUCGGCUUCCUCGCGGUCGUGUGGGGCACGGACACGGGCGCCUACAUCAUGGGCCACUUUCUCAAGCACAUCAAGUACAAGCGACUGCAUCCGCUCGCCAAGCACAUCUCGCCCAACAAAGACAUCGAAGGCAGCCUCGGCGGCGUCGCGCUCGGUGUUGGCGCCGUCCUGCUCGUCGACGCGCUCAUGGAGCUGCCAACGGACUUGACACCCGACAUUGUGCAGCUCCAGCGUAUCCACCGCAUUUUGUUCGCAGUCGUUGGCGGCCUCCUCUCGCGCUACGGCGACCUCUUUGCGAGUCUCCUCAAGCGGCUCGCCGGCGUCAAAGACACGGGCACGCUGAUCCCUGGCCACGGCGGCCUCCUCGACCGCGUCGACGCGCUCCUCUUUGUCGGCGCUGUCUUUGCCUUGUACCACCGCGGUGCGUUCGCUCCCUACUACGACAAGCAAAUUGAUGCGUCGUACGUCACGUCGCUCGUCAACUCGGACGACCUGUGGACGCGCUUGACCAACGCUGGCAUCCCGUACAUCAAGUCGCCGUAGGAUACAGUGGCCUGUCUCUCUGUGUGUAUGUCGUCCUCUGCACCAUCGUGUAAAGUUGUACAUAAGUUAUUUACCAUUUUAGUGAUUUC